AGUGACUGCGUCUAUUUCACAGCGUUUGGGUGUGUUUUUAUUUAGCUGCUCGUACGAAAUUUCUCCAUGCGGACAAUUUAAUUUUGCCAACAAGUGAACCGAAAAAAGGGCAGAACUACAGCAAAAAACUAAUCGAAUAGAUUAACUGCACAUGCAAAUACAUAUACACAGCUGCGCGUGUGGGUUCGUCUACGUGUUUUUGUGUAUAUCUGUGCUCGUGCGUGAGCAAAAAGUAGAUACGCGAGUUGUAUAAUCGCCAAAACUUGUUGAAUUAUUCGCUGCCUCCCUCGCACUGCUGUGUGAGUGCAAAGAUACAUAAAGAAACUAAAGCAACAACAACAGCAACAACUGAGACGACGUCAUGCAGGCAAUCAAAUGUGUUGUUGUUGGCGACGGCGCCGUGGGCAAGACCUGCCUGCUGAUCAGCUAUACAACGAACGCCUUCCCCGGCGAAUAUAUACCGACUGUAUUCGAUAACUACUCAGCGAAUGUGAUGGUCGAUGCGAAGCCGAUUAAUCUCGGUCUAUGGGAUACGGCCGGACAGGAGGAUUACGAUAGGCUGCGACCUUUGUCCUAUCCGCAGACGGAUGUAUUUCUCAUUUGCUUCUCGCUGGUGAAUCCCGCCUCCUUUGAGAACGUACGCGCCAAAUGGUUUCCCGAGGUGCGCCACCAUUGCAACAAUGUUCCAAUUAUACUCGUCGGCACGAAGCUCGAUCUGCGCGACGAUAAGCAGACAAUUGAGAAACUAAAAGAUAAGAAGCUAACGCCCAUCACCUACCCACAGGGCUUGGCCAUGGCCAAGGAAAUAGCGGCGGUCAAAUAUUUAGAGUGCUCUGCCUUAACGCAAAAGGGUCUGAAAACGGUAUUCGAUGAGGCCAUACGCUCCGUUCUAUGCCCACCCAUACGCAAUACACGCAAACGCAAGUGCCUAAUUCUCUAAAUGGGUCGAGGGAAAAUGGGAGGGGAAACAAAAAGAAGUAGAAAAAAAAACAGAAAGUGCAACGAGC